GGAACCAAAAUAAUGCCGAAAUUGCCACUACUACUCAGUUUUCCACUUCUAUUCUUCGCCUCAUUUGCAUACGCCGAUGAAGACUUUGUGACGUGCUACAGCGUUUUAAAGUUUAUAAAUGCUAAUGAUGGCUCUAGGUUACAUUCGCAUGACGUAAAAUACGGAAGCGGGUCCGGCCAACAAUCUGUGACUGCUGUAAAAAACUCGGACGACAUCAAUUCUCAUUGGCAGAUUUUCCCAGCUUUGAACGCAAAAUGCAAUCGUGGAGAUGCAAUCAAAUGCGGAGACAAGAUCCGUCUGAAGCACCUCACCACGGGCACGUUCCUGCAUUCCCAUCAUUUCACUGCACCUCUCUCCAAACAACAUCAGGAGGUCUCCGCUUUUGGCAGCGAAGCAGAAAGUGACACGGGAGAUGAUUGGACUGUGAUUUGCAACGGAGAUGAGUGGUUGGAAUCCGAGCAAUUCAAACUUCGCCACGCUGUCACUGGUUCAUACCUCUCACUCUCGGGACAACAAUUCGGACGCCCCAUUCAUGGACAACGGGAGGUCGUCGGCACCGACUCGAUCACUGGUGGAAGUGCAUGGAAAGUUGCCGAAGGCAUUUACAUCAAGCAUCAGCAAAAAGAUCUUUAAAUCCACAUUGGAUACUCCUAAUUUAAUAAGCCAUGCCUUUCUUCGUGAUAUUUACCAUUGCUUUACGGGGAUGUUAUCUUUGUUAUUUUUUCUAAUAAAGUUAUUAGAUUUUG